UCUAAGCUCUUCCUCUGUCACUGCUCCGCCCAUGAGAGAAACACCCGCAGGGGAAGUUUCCUGUUCCCAGCCCAGUCUGGGUCCAAGCUGGCAGAGAUGGACCAUCUAAAACCCGAGGUCCUCCCAGCCAGGCACUGCUGCCCCUCCCUAGGAAUGCGGGCCCUGGAGGCUGGCAUCAUGAGGUUCUCAGUGCCACCCUCCAUCAGCAGGAACUCGGCCAUGGUGAACGAACCCAGAGGGAAUGGCAGCCCCAACCCCUGCCUGGAGGGCAGCAGCAGCAGCGGCAUGGAGAGCCCCAAGGAUAGUUCGAGAUGUUCCUCGCCAGGGCUGGACCCUGAGCGGCACGAGAGACUCAGGGAGAAGAUGAGGCGGAGGAUGGAGUCCGGUGACAAGUGGUUCUCUCUGGAAUUCUUCCCUCCUCGGACGGCACAGGGCGCUGUCAAUCUCAUCUCAGGGUUUGACCAGAUGGGGGCAGGUGGCCCCCUCUUCAUAGAUGUGACCUGGCACCCAGCAGGAGACCCUGGCUCGGACAAGGAGACCUCCUCCAUGGCCAUCGCCAGCGCUGCUGUCAACUACUGUGGCCUGGAGACCGUGCUGCACAUGACCUGCUGCCGUCAGAGCCAGGAGGAGAUCACGGGCCAUCUGCACAAGGCCAAGCGGCUGGGCCUGAAGAACAUCCUGGCACUGAGAGGAGACCCUGUAGGUGACCAGUGGGAGGAGGAGGAAGGCUGUUUCCGCUACGCCACAGACCUGGUGAAGCUCAUCCGCAGCGAGUUUGGUGACUACUUUGACAUCUGUGUGGCAGGUUACCCCAAGGGCCACCCCGACGCCGAGAGCUUUGAGGACGACCUGAAGCACUUGAAGGAGAAGGUGUCUGCGGGAGCCGACUUCAUCAUCACCCAGCUUUUCUUUGAGGCUGACACGUUCUUCCACUUUGUUAAGGCUUGUUCCGCGAUAGGCAUCACCUGCCCCAUCCUCCCCGGAAUCUUCCCCAUUCAGGGCUACCACUCCCUGCGGCAGCUCGUGAAGCUGUCCAAGCUGGAGGUGCCGCAGAAGAUCAGGGAGGUGAUCGAGCCCAUCAAGGACAACGACGAAGCCAUCCGCAACUACGGCAUCGACCAGGCCGUGAGCCUGUGCCAGGAACUGCUGGCCAGUGGCCUGGUGCCGGGCCUGCACUUCUACACCCUCAACUGCAGGAAGGCCACCACCAAGGUGCUGAAGCGCCUGGGCAUGUGGGCCGAGGACCCCAGGCGUCCCCUGCCCUGGGCUGUCAGCGCCCACCCCAAGCGCCGGGAGGAAGAUGUGCGUCCCAUCUUCUGGGCCUCCAGACCGAAGAGUUACAUCUACCGCACCCAGGACUGGGACGAGUUCCCCAACGGCCGCUGGGGCCAUUCCUCCUCGCCAGCCUUCGGGGAGCUGAAGGACUACUACCUCUUCUACCUGACGAGCAAGGCCCCGAGGGAGGAGCUGCUGAAGAUGUGGGGGGAGGAGCUGACCAGUGAAGAAAGUGUCUUUGAAGUCUUUGUCCACUACCUCUCGGGGGAGCCAAACCAGAGCGGCCGUCAAGUCACUUGCCUGCCCUGGAAUGACGAGCCCCUGGCGGCCGAGACCAGCCUGAUGAAGGAGGAGCUGCUGCGCGUGAACCGGCAGGGCAUCCUCACCAUCAACUCCCAGCCCAACAUCAAUGGGAAGCCGUCCUCUGACCCGGUCGUGGGCUGGGGCCCCAGCGGGGGCUAUGUCUUCCAGAAGGCCUACUUGGAGUUCUUCACUUCCCGAGAGACGGUGGGGGCACUCCUGCAGGUGCUGAAGAAGUACGAGCAGCGGGUGAACUACCACAUCGUGGACGUGAAGGGUGAAAACAUCACCAAUGCCCCUGAGCUGCAGCCCAACGCUGUCACUUGGGGCAUCUUCCCUGGGCGAGAGAUCAUCCAGCCCACGGUGGUGGAUCCUGUCAGCUUCAUGUUCUGGAAGGAUGAAGCCUUCGCCCUGUGGGUGAAGCAGUGGGGCAAGCUGUACGACGAGGAGUCCCCGUCCCGUAUGAUCAUCCAGUACAUCCACGACAACUACUUCCUCGUCAACCUGGUAGACAACGAGUUUCCGCUGGACAACUGCCUGUGGCAGGUGGUAGAAGACACUUUUGAACUUCUCAACAGACCCGGAGCGAGAGGGGACAGGCUCUGUGACCCUGCACCCUGACAUCCUUGGGCUCCUACACUCCCUCACAUACAACGGCAGCCACGCUGGUGUGAGGCUCCGGGCUCUGGCUGGACCUGAGUCAGCCCCACACGGGACCUGGUGUUCCCUGCUCGGCCGGGAGAUUUUGCUCUUUUGUGGGGAGCACCUCCAUCCGCCCAGGACCACGGUGGGUGGACCACCAUCCUCCCUGAGAAGGGGAGGAGACUGGUUAUGGCUGACGGGGCCCUGGCACCAGGCAGCCUCUCAGAGCCAGCCUGAGACUGCCGGUGACCCUGCACUUGGGGCUAUGGAAGACGGGCAAAGCACACACGGGCAGCAGGCACGCUGCGGCAGAGUGAAGAUGCUGCUCCCUUCUGCCUCCGAGACGUUGGCAGCUGGGCACUUCCUACUUGUAACUGAAGGGCAGACACUACCCUGGGCACCAGGCUCCCGGAUGGGUCUGGGGCUGAAACCUAAUAAUACAAGCCGCCUCCUCCCUGGGGCCCGCAGGGCUUCACCUCCGCCAUGCUGCUUUAGGGAGCAGUUGUCUCUAUUCUGGUGGCGCCAGAGAUAAAGUCCCUCUUCAGGGCUCAAGCUGUCUGAUCUCUGUGCCUGGUGGAGCCUCCGCCUUCCCUUUUCUCUGCUGCCCGUUACCACCGAGGGCAAAGGCGAGGUCACAUGAGGUCACUCGAGCAGGGCUUCUGUUUUCCUGGCUUAGUGUUCAGGCAGGACCUCCUCCUGCCAGCUGCUCCGCCCUCUGCGCAUCCGGAAUCUGUCUGCCUGGCACUGCUCCCCAGGAAUCGGCCCUCAAGCUGCGCUGCCCAGGGUGGUGGCUGGCAGGUGCACGUGGGCUCUUUUCUGUCCCCGUCCCUGCCUGAGCUUAAGGGGGUGGGGGUGGGGGGCAUCCAAAGAGCAGCCUGUGGGCACAUCCCCUCCACGUCCGUCCAGGCUGCUGGGAGCCAGAGAAGCAGCUGGGACCAAGAAGGGCAGUUUAUUGGCAUUCAGAGCUCCCAGGGCUCUUCGGUGGGCUGAGCGCCCCGCGGCCUGCCAGUCUGCACUCCCUGGAAGGGGGUGGGGGCACAGUUCCUCCCUGGGAAGGCUGGGCUCCAUUCUCAUUUUCUGUCCAUGGCAACAAGUCCCGGCUUCAGCGGGCCCCUGCUCCACCUCGAGUCCGCCACACGCAGGGGGUGCUCCCUGGGCUCGAUGCCCACCUUAUUCUGGGGUCUCAACCUGCUGGUGGCCCCUCCUCAGGCCCCUGGCUGCCAGCUUCUGGUGCCACUUCUCAAAGGCCUGGAACCGGAGGGGAAGGAGAGGUUCUCCAGCUCCCUCCCAGGCCUGUGCUGUUUGUGCCCAGCUCCUUCGGUCCCGUGGGGAAUAGAGGUCCCUCCCUCUGCCCUAGGCGGGCAGGCAGCCGACCCUGCCCCCGGCCAAAUGCAGAGGCUCAGAAUAGAACGGACCUGUGACCUGGGAAGCUAUGCUCAGAGCACAUACGGGGAGUGCCGGGCAGGACCGGGCUGGGCACAGGGCCACCAGCUAUAUCCAGGGCUCCCGAAUCCAAGCUGGUUUCUCUACCCACACUGACCCUCCCCUGCAAAUGAAGGGGCCCAGGGAGGGCUUGCAGCUCAGAGGCGCUGGCUUUUGAAGGGCCUGCUGGGGGUUGGGGCUGCCCCGCCAGUACCUGAGAAAGGACCCAGCCCUCAGCUCGUUGCUGUAAUCGCAGAGCCACCCGCAGCUGUACGACCCGCCGCCGCCACGUGCGCCAGACCCAUCUCAGCCGCCACUGCCUGAGCUGUGGGGACAGGGUGCGGAGGCCCCACACUGGGCGACUGCUGCCUUGGGCACCUGUGCUCGCCGCGGCCCCCAGCCCCUCUGUGGCACCGGGACGAGGGUGCCACACACCACGAGGUGUGUGAACAGUGCAGAUUCCUGGGCCUGUCCCAGGUUUCAGACUGAGUAGGCCCAAAGGCCAUACUUGGAAAGACUUCAUUGUAGGGGUUAGGGUUGAGAAUAGCAUGAGAGGCUGGUGUGAGGGCCCCUCCCCACUCACCAGCGACCGCGCCAGCUCCUCUGCCCCCUGAGCAUCCACCCAGCAUUGCCAUGUCCCUGCCAGGCGCCUGGCCUGCUGGGAGCCCUGGAGCCGGUGGAGCAGGGCCUCCAGGCGCCAGCGUCGCAGGUAUUUCCUCCUGGGGAGAGAGGCCCUGUGUGCAUCCCGACUGACAGUCAAGAACAUCAUGACCCCUUGACGGCCAGGAGAAAGGGCUGAACCGUGGACUGGGCCCGCUCCUCCAGGAGCCUGCAGGGGCGAGCGCUGGCCAGAGAGGCCCAGCCCUGGCCACAGCUCAGGCCCCUCCGCCCUGGGCCCCCUCCCCACCCACUUCUCCAUGCAGUUGCUUACCCCAGCCGCCUCUUGUCCACCUGGCCUUCAGAGCUGCAGUCCCCUCCGGGCCCUGAAGGGGGCCAGCCCUGGGCCCUGGGUCCAGGCCUCUGCAUCCAGAGCUGGCCGGCACUGUGGCCUGGAAAGGGGAAUCGAGUCAGAAAAGGCUAACAUUCAGGGGGGCCAACUCCCCCUUAGCCCACCCCAGAGGCUGAGCGCACGAACAGGGGUGAGCGGCAAAAGGGGCUGAGUGAAGCGUGUGCCCCAUGUCCACCCACGCCUCCAGGCCCCGGGCUGCUGCCCAAGAGAAGUAACAGGUGGGGCAGGCAGGGCGGAUGUACUGUUUUCUGAAAAUGGCUGAGAUAUUCCUGAAGAGGAAAUGGGUGGUGGAAAUACAGGGAAAUACAUACAAUGGAUUCGCCCAG